AUGACCGACGUCGCUGAAGCACCCGCUGCUGCUGCACUCUUCGAAGAUACCACCGCACCCAUCACUGAAACCUCCACCGCCCUUGCGACAACUAACAGCGAUGGAACAAUCACGCAAAAAGUGAAAAAGACCAAAAUCAUUAAGCGCAAACGACGACCAGCCCGUCCGCAGCAGGACCCGAGCACGUUCAAAACCGAGCCUCCUCCACAGACGGGUACGAUUUUUAACAUCUGGUACAACAAAUGGUCGGGCGGGGAUCGUGAAGAUGCUCUUUCCUCCAAACACCAAGCCAAAGGACGCUGCAAUGUCGCUCUGGAUUCUGGCUACACGAAAGCGGACAAAGUGGCAGGAUCCUACUUUUGCCUGUUCUUUGCGCGAGGUCUGUGUCCGAAAGGUCAGGAUUGCGAGUAUCUGCACCGACUGCCCAAUUCGAGGAUAGGAAAAGAUGGACCUGGUGGAGGACUCGGGGAUAUCUUUCCCAGUAAUGUGGACUGUUUUGGAAGAGACAAGUUUAGUGAUUACCGGGAUGAUAUGGGUGGUGUCGGAUCUUUCUUGCGCAUCAACAGGACACUCUACAUUGGACGGAUACAUGUCUCGGACGACAUUGAAGAGAUUGUCGCAAGGCAUUUUCAAGAGUGGGGACAGGUGGAGAGGAUACGAGUACUGCCGAGUAGAGGCGUCGCAUUCGUGACAUAUGUGCAUUUGGCCAACUCGGAGUUUGCGAAAGAGGCUAUGGCGCAUCAGAGUCUGGAUCAUAACGAGACAUUGAACGUGAGAUGGGCAACAGUCGAUCCCAAUCCUGUCGCGCAGAAGAGGGAGGCGGCCAGGAUUGAUGAACAAGCCGCUGAGGCCAUUCGACGGGCACUGCCAGCAAGCUAUGUCGCCGAACUAGAGGGGAGGAAGUACGAAGGGGCGGAUGGCGAGGAAGAGCGUAAAAGACGGAAGAUUGAAGGCAGCUUCGGACUGCAAGGCUACCAGGCGCCCGAUCACGUAUGGUAUGCGAGUGAGAAGGCGCGGAUAGAAGGUGCAGAGCAACAGAAGCAGAUCGAAGGAGUGCCAGAGGGGGAAGGGGAGCAGGAGGAUGAAUACGAUGCGCCUCUGCAAAUCACAGCUGGCAACACGCAAUCAGACUCCAAUGGAGGACUGCUUGGCGGAAGCACACUCGCGGCCCUGCAAGGACUGAAGGCCGAUACAGGCCAUGGUUCGAACAAGCCGCCGGACAAGCCUGCGGGACCUCUGGUGGAUUAUGGUAGCGACAGUGACGAUGAGUGAAGGCAUCUUUUUGGGAGACUACACUCUUUUACACGGUUCAUGGCAUUGAAUGUCAAUCAAUGUCAAUGAAUGGAUGCAAACUCAGUUCUCUCUCCCGCUUGUGAAAGCACCUCUUCUCGCCCUCUCGAGUCCUUUGGCAGGUGUUGAUGCGAGAUUUGGACAGUAUCGCAGAGAACUGGCCUCGAAAGAUGUCUGUCUGCCCGUGGAGGGGUGUUACCUACAUGAGGUACCUACCUAGGUAGUAAUGAAGCUGUCGAGAGGAGUGAUUUUUUGCAAUGGCGAUUUCGACAAUUACCUUACCUACCUAAGGUACAGUUUUUCGUCGUAGCAGACCGACAGAUACUUGACUUUCUACAACGAC